AAGCCAAACAACUUCGCAUGCAGCUAGUAAGCAUUUGCAGCAAUUGAAAUGGGUUUAGUUUGAAUAUUACCCUGACAAACCAAAUCCAUUCUAAGCCCAAAAUUCACCCUCAGAGUACGCAUUGGUAUAUGUUUUUUUUUUACUGAACAUAAAUGAAAAUAUCUGAUUGACUACGGCUUACAUAUGUUCGGGUGCUAACUCCAGCUAGCUUCUGUUAGCUACGAUGGCAGCGUCAACUCCGCAGGUUUCUGCUCCUCUUUUAAGUCAAAAGCAACGCAAGGCUGCUUUACGGAAAGAAAGAAGAAAACGUAAACGCCAAGCUCUUGCUAAAGCCAGAGGAUGUGUUUUAAACAACGGAGCCAGCAAUGGACCUGAAGAGGAAGAGGAGAUAAAUGAUGAAGAAAAUGAUGAGGAUGAUGUUAUUGCUGAGCAGGAAAGGCUGCGGCUUCAUGAUGAGUGGUUGGAAAGAGAGAGGAUUGCCCAGGAGGAGUUCAGGCUGAGGUGUGAGAGGGAGGAAGCUGCACAGAGGAGAAAAGAAGAGGAGGAGCGCAUGAUUAAGGAGGAAUGGGAGGCCCAGCAGAAGAGAGAACGGGAAGAACAAGAGCAGAAACAGCAGGAGAGGAGAGGCAGAGAGGAGGCUGUUCAGAAAAUGUUGGAUGAAGCUGAAAACCAGUUAGAUAACGGAGGACCGUGGAUGAAUCCUGAGGCUCCAGUGACAGAAAACCCUGAAAACUUUGGGACUGAGCGCGACGUCGCCAACUGUCCUUUCUUCCUAAAGACUGGAGCCUGUCGAUUUGGAGACAGGUGUUCUAGAAAGCACAGUUAUCCGACAUCGAGUCCGACUCUGAUGAUCCGUGGCAUGUUUACAACGUUUGGCAUGGAGGAGUCACGCCGUGAUGAUUACGACACUGAUGCAUGGCUGGAACACAGUGAGGAGGAGCUGCAGGACUCUUUCCUCGAGUUUUACCAUGAUGUCCUGCCGGAGUUGAGGAGUGUCGGCAAGGUGGUACAAUUCAAGGUCAGCUGCAACUACGAGCCACACCUGAGGGGAAAUGUUUACAUUCAGUUUGACACGGAGGAUCAGUGUAAAGAAGCCUUUAUAAAGUUUAAUGGGAGGUGGUAUGCAGGACGGCAGCUUCACUGUGAGAUUUGUCCUGUUACAAGGUGGAAGAAUGCGAUUUGUGGAUUGUUUGACAGACAGAAGUGCCCCAAAGGAAAGCACUGUAACUUCCUGCAUGUAUUUAGAAACCCUGGCAAUGAAUUCUGGGAGGCGGACAGAGACCUGCACUUGUCUCCAGACCGCACUGUCAGGGGCAGCCGCAGAGAUGGCUGGCAGUCGGAGCGGCGUGGAGACCGAUCCUGGAGGCAACGUCACAGCAGCAGAAGCCCACCAAGAUCAGAGAGAUCCCACAGCAGGCGAGACAUCGACAGGCGGAGGAGCAGGAGUAGAGAACGGAGUCGAGAGAGGAGGACAUCCCACUUGUACAGAGAAGACAAAUGGUCCUCCAGGUCCAGACACAGUGACAGGUGGAAUGAUAGAUAUCGCAGUAGAAGCAGAGAGCGGUCGAGGAGUAGAAGCAGAGAAAGAGAAAAGCAGAGGAACAGGAGUAGAGAUAAAGAUAGAGAGCAUAAGAAGAGGAAAAGGAGUGAAGAAAGAGACAGUAAAGACAGAGAUGCAGACACUUUGACAGAAACAAAAGAAAGGUCCAGAAGUUCGAGCACAGAAGGAGAAAACGACAAGAACAGCAAAGAAAGAAGCCCCAAGAAACCAGAUAAAAAUGAGGAAACCACUAAGGAUGAUACAAACUCAAGCCGUGCCCGCCACAAAAAGUCCAAAAAGAGCAAAAAGAAGAGCAAGAAGAAAAGUAAAAAGAAGAAGAGUCAUAUGCCUGAAGGGGCAAGUUCAUCUGAAGAGUCAGAAAUGGAGAAAGAAUUAAAAGAUGAGACAACAGACGAUCUGGGUGCAACAACUCAGGAUAUUAAUGACACAGACUUCACUCAGAAAAGCAGUGACUUGGACGAGUCUGCAUGUGGACAACGAGAAGUGCAGUCCUGAUGUUGAAGUUGAGUAGUCGAACAUGGAAAUGCAAAGUGAGCCUGCUGGAGAAGGUGACAUGAAUAAAUAAACUACAUCGUUUUUUUUUUUGUUUUUUUUUUAAUCCAAAGAUGCACUGUUCAAGAUCAUGGAACAUUUCACACAGCCUGCCCAGGAAAUCUUCCUACCAUGCUCUUUUACAUGCAACUUUCUCUCUGCUGUACAAGAGUGAGGGGGAUCCCAAUUCAGUGUAAAUUUGGCAUGAAUAGUUUGCCUUUGUUACACAUGGAACUCAGGUUUGUGCACAUGUGAAAAACCCAGAGUGGGGCACUUAAAGUCUACACACCCCUGUUAAAAUUAUUUUUCAAAGUCAACAUAGGUUGUACUGCCCAAAAACUGCAUUGUGUAAUAAAAUCAAAACACAAUUUUACAAAGUAUUAGUCCAUUGUUGUGCAUAUUUUUUCAACCAGGUUUUUAUUUUUUUCAUUUUUUUAAAAAUGCAUUGCUCCUCCUUCCUAAUUUUUUAUGUCACAGAAGUGUAGCAUUUUAACAGGGCUGUGUAGACUCUUUAUGUGUAUUGAAUAUAUCCUGCUUUUGUGUUUAUAUAAUAUGAAUGUGAGAGAAACUAUUCAGCUUUGAUAUGGGACAUAAGCACCUAUCAAUAGCUUGUAUGUAUGUGAAUAUUUUCCAUGACUGCUUCUGCUUAAUAAACAAAUAAUAAACAAAAAAACUCAACAGUCAUUGGGUUUUCUUUCUGAAUACAUUUAUUGUUAAUAACUGUCAAAUAUAAGAAAAAAUGUUGGCAAAUGUGUUGGCAGUGUUUCAUACAAAAAGUGAUUUCCUCUUGCACAAAUAAAAGAUAAGUUUGAUCAUGAUACUCAACAAAAACACUGUGGGUUUAAUAAUGCAGAUGAAAAUAAGACUGCCAUACAAUUUAGGAUGAGUAGUAACUUGUUGGAUUGUUUUCCAGCUUCAUAUGAACAGGAGAACAAGCCGGCAGAGAAAAAUAUGGUAACCCUGAUAUGUGCAGUUUUUCUUCUGUUCCUGCUCCGUAGAGAAACUCAGAAUAGACCUGUCUUAAAAUAGUUUGCAAUACAUUAGUUACAAUACUGGCAUGUUGUGGCCAAAUAACCCCACGUAUAUAUUUGUUCUGACAUCCUGCUGUGAGUCCCUUUUCUGUCAUGUUAGCCUUCCAUAGACACCAUUGAGAAGGUAAAACACAGUGUUCUUUGGUCAUGUUAGUCAUAAAGUGUAAGCCAAAGUGUCAUAAUACCUAAUAUAGUCUCUCUUUCUAUGGGUUACAAUCCUAUCCUCACUUAAGACUAAGGGAGAGUCUAACCUUAGAAAUAUCUUCUUUACAAUUUUCUUCUGUAAACAAAAUCAGUAAACAGAAUUCAGACGAUGACACUUUAUACCAAACAAAACACUAACACACUAAACACUAAAACAGCUCAACUAGUCUUGAAAAGGAAACAAAAAAAGGUUCAUUUCUGGAGGUGAAUGACCGAACAAGAACUUUAACACACAUCUAAAACAUAAUCACUGGUAUGGAUUAUGAGUCCAUGUUUGAGUUCAGUUGAUAAUAUAAGAUUGUAACAGUGUCAGUGAUUCAUACAACAGCAUUAGCCUUGGUCGAUACCACCUGUGUUCAAUAAUUACGUCAAAGGCUGGAUUCACACUGCAGGCUGUGACCUUUAGGUCUGUUCCUUUUUGCUCUGAUCUGAUCUGAUUUUUUUGUCUGUUCCUAUUAUUUUUUUUAAAAUGUGGCCUGUAUCAGACUCCAUUCAAUUAAAUGUAUUUAAAUAUGAAAGGCUAGAUUCACACCGCAGGCCUUACUGCUCAAUACAGGUCUUUUCUCAGUUCUAAAUUUUUCUGGCUGUUCAGACUACAGUAGACUUCCAAAAGAUCAGAUGUUUUUUUUAUUUAGAACAUGUAUGUGAUAUGAAAAUAUCUGAUUCAAUGAGAUUUGUGCUGUCCACACUGUCAGAAAAAAAAAAUCAGAUUUGGGUCACUUUUAACUGCAGUGUGAAUGUAGCCAAAGUGGCCUCAAUCUGAUGUGAAAAGAUCAGAUUUUCAGUGUGACUUGUGCUGUUCAGACUGCUCUGAAAAACUCAGAUCUGAGCCAAAAAAUCUUACUCGGGUCACUUCUGGCUGCAGUGUGAACACAACCUAAGAUGCAGAGCUAAGCCUCAGAGCAAUUUCAAAAAAAAAAAAAAAAAAAAAAAAUCAUUUUCCAUAAAUG